UUUACAUUUACUGUUGGUUAUUUACAUCUCCUAUAAUAAUAUCAAACUUUGAAUAUCGUCGUACCGGUCAUACCAUAUUGGAAGUGUUUAUAACAGUAGCCCUGUGAAUUCGGAAACAAUGGAUCAAAUAAAGCUAAAAUAUAAUUACGACAAUAGCUGUUACUAUGACGAAAAUAAUAAAAUACGUUUUGACCCACCGGUUUACGAGCAGCGCUAUUUGGUCGUACUGCGUUUAUUGGAGUUGGAUAUUUGGAAGGAUUAUUUCAAAAAGGUAGUAGAGUUCGGUUGUGCGGAAAUGAGAUUCUUCACUUUGCUGAAAACUUUGCCAGGAGUGGAGCAAAUUCUACAGGUUGAUAUCGAUGAGGAACUACUGAUUAAAUCGACCUACUGUGUUCGGCCACUGUUCGUAGAUUAUAUUCAACGAAGAACGUCAAAAUUUUCAGUUGAAGUGUGGCGAGGAAGCAUAGCAGCUCCCCACGAGUGCCUCCGGGAUACCGACGUUGUGAUUGGAAUUGAAAUAAUCGAGCACCUCUUCCCGGAGGUCCUGGAGGCAGUCCCCCAAAACGUAUUCGGUUUCAUCCGUCCGAAGGUGGCCAUGUUCAGUACGCCAAACUCUGAAUAUAACAUACAUUUCGACGGACUGCUGGAUAAUGGCUUUCGGCACGAAGAUCACAAGUUUGAGUGGACUCGAGCACAGUUCCAAGAGUGGUGUGAAAACAUUUGCGAACGAUAUCCAGACUAUGUUGUUAAGUAUUUUGGUAUUGGGCCGCCUCCGAAGGAUUCCAGCGAUGUUGGAUACGUCAGUCAGUUGGGUUUAUUCGUGAGAAAGGACUUUUUCGAACAGUUGCAGGUGUUAACUGAAGAACCAAACGUCAAUAAUGCGGAGGUUGAAACGGUUCCUAUUCCCACUCGAACUGUCGAACCAUCUAACAGCAAUGAAGUGGAAGCACAAACUUCGGAACCAAAAAUUUACUUCAAUGACGAAGUUGGGGAAAUUGUUGUGGCUAGAGAAGAUGGGGAUGAACCGGCUGAUGUGCCUGUCGAAGGUCAAGGGCUAGAUGUUUUUCGGGACGACUUUGAGGACGCGGAAACUUACGAUGAAGAACUAGAGGUUAGCGAUCACGAUGAACCACAUUUCAGAGAGAUAGAUUUUUAUGUUCCGGUCGAACGGGCACGAAAUGAUAGUGGAAAUUACGAUGAUGAACUUUUGGAUCCCACGAGUGAUGAGUACAAACUGUUGUACAGUGUGGACUAUCCAGUUCAGGAACCGGAUAGGCGGGAUCGGUCGCAACAACUGCUCGAUGAGGCUGAAUAUCAAAUCCGAAGGUUAAAGUUCCACGAUGAAGAAUUUUACAACUACGAAGAUAAUGUGUAUUCGAUUCCUCUUCAACUAGUCGCGGAUUGCAUACAUCAAGUGACGACCACAAUAGUUGAAUUAAGACCAAUUUUAACAGAAGCGUCCUAUCGGAUUACUGAAAACGACAUAAUAGUUCUGAAUGGAGAUGAUGAAUCCGUGGUUGGAAGUGAGGAAGAUUUUGAGUAUGACUUCAAAGACGAAGGUUCGCCUAAAAAUGAUGAAGAUGAUCAGCCUCGAGAAGGAGCAGAAGCAAGAAACAGUGAAUCUAAUGAGGGGAGUGGCUUCAAAGAUGAUGAAGAGUUAUGGGACUAAAUUUAAUGUUUUAAUAAAACCGACUAUUACUACUAUAA